AUGCCUGGAGGCCUAUUAGAAAGCCACCCGAUCUCCCCCGCCCCCCUCGUUCGCCGCAGCUCGUCGUGCCGCUGGCGCCGCCCGCACCCGCUCUGCGCCAACGCCGCCACCCAUGCCCGCCCUGCCCUUCUGCCCCUGCCACCAGCGAAGCCUUGGACCUCGGCCGGAACCCUAGGGCCAGCUCUGCUUCAUCUCCCUUUCGAUCCCCAUCGCUACAGAUCCACGGAGUACAAGCUUGAUGGCGCGUGUGCCAACUCCACUUGGCUCGGCCACCAUUGUUGCGAGGUGGCAGAGGAGCCUGCCGGAAGGGGAUGGAGCAAGAUCGGGCCAGGGGGCGGUGCUAAGUUAAGAGAUCUCGAGAGGGGUGUUGGCAUUCUUGUGGCUACCCCCGACCGAUUAGCUGAUUUGAUGGAAACGACAAGAAUAUCUUUGCAGGCAAUUUGUUACCUUGCCCUUGUUAAGGCAGAUAGAAUGCUUGAUAUGGGUUUUGAACCACAGUUAGAAGAACUGUUGAGCAAAUGGACAUGCCACUUCCAGGUGUCAAGCGGACAAUGA